AUGUCGGACGCGACCCUCUUUCUUCCAGACCACUCCCCUGGCCCAAAAGACGAUGCAGAACACAGCAACGAUGCAAUACCCGAUGCCGAAGUCAAUGUUAUGAAAGAUGCCCAGGUCAAGGCUAAGAGCGGCUUGGAACCUAGGAGCAAAGAGAAACUUAAGGGCAAUACGGAACCUCGGAGCGAUGGGAAACCUCGGAGCGACACGAAGCCCAGGGGCGGACGGACGGCAAAGUCAAUGAAGCCGACACCCAAGAAAACUUCCUCUAAAGCUCAAUCGAAGGCUGGGACACCUUCAAGCAGGAAGACGUCAGCCAAACAAGGAAAGCCCACCGAUAGCGAGAAGCCGGUCGACUCCCAACCAGCACCCGAGGUUAUAAAGCAGGUUUUUGAGUCUCUGAAGAAGCUCGAGCACAGCUACGCCUCCAUCAACAGUAGGCUGUCGAAUAUCAAAGAAGGCACCACGGAAGCGACUGCCGAAGGAGCCAAAGCAGGUUCUGGGAAGAAGGGAGAAUUGGACGCAUUCGUGGCGAAACAGAGCGACAAGUUGGGUGGGAAGCUCAAGAUGAUUUCUGGCACUCUGGACGUUCUGAAGAGCGUCUUGCGCUCGCAGUCAAUACCCCUCGACCACCUCGCAAAGAGGCCAAGUGCCACGAAAUCGUCGGGCACCACAUCAGGUGACACUGCUAGGCCCAAAGGCCAAUCUCGGCAAGCUCAAUCUCAGUCCGUACCGCGUGGAAAGGCCAGGAAGGAUGAGAUGCGGGUAAAGGUGCGAAAGGUUCUGCUUGGUGAGGAACGAAAGCCGAUACCUCAAGAUCCAGUGAAAGCCUCGUGGACGUCACUUGAGAAUCGCCUCACUGGCGUUGACAAGGCUCCACUAGUUUUGGCGGCAGCGGCCGCUGGUACAUCAGCUCUUGGCGCAGCUCGUUCUGCCGCCGAUACAGCGACCGACGCAACGGCUGCGAACGAGACAGCGAAGAACGACAGCGAAGCACCCCCAACCAAGCCCAAGAGGACCAAGAAAUCCGAAAAGCCUCUUGUCAAUGUGAAGAGAGUGCAUGCGGAGAGUCUUCGCUUAGUGCCCGUCGAAAUACCAGACACUCCCGAGGUGCCAAAACUCGCUUACGGCCUGGACAGAGUCUUGUUCAACCCUGGAGUAUACCAUAUGCAGGAUCCCCGCUCGCGAGUCUUCAACUUUGAUCCUUACCUCGGCGAUAUUAUGCCGAUCAGCGAGUUCGACUUCAAUGCGCUCCAGAAAUAUGUCACCUCUUCAAAGGAUAGCACCUUGAUCUCGCUUGCGGCCAAGCUGGGUAGGAAGUACACCGGCUCAACAUCAAGCAUGACUCAAACGCUGUCCCAUUUCCACUUCUUGCUUUCUGCGUGGCGGCCUAUCAACCCUGACAACAUGAGUCGCCAGUUCACGCCCGAGUAUUCGAGCUUCACUGCCAUCUCUCGUGCGCCAGCUGCCUCCUUCCUCCAUUUCAAUGAAGGUGUGUACGCAAUAGAUGCAGACAAGGAGUACGACUCUGCCAGUAUUCUGAGUAUGCUCGGAAAGUCAAUGGAGAAGCAGUUGACGCUGCCGCGAGAAGAGUUCGAAAAGUAUCGCCGUGCCAAUUCCGAUCAGAUCACCGAGGAGGAGCGUAAUGCUGCAGAAGCCUUCCAUUACACCACCAUGGGCGAUUUCCUUAUGCGUUCUCAACUGGAUGCGUAUGAUCCAAGGUUACCAGGAUCUGGAAUGUUUGAUCUGAAGACGAGAGCUGUAGUCUCAAUCCGCAUGGACGCUCAGCAAUUCCACAAAGGACUUGGCUAUGAGAUCCGCCGCCGUUAUGGCCAGUGGGAGUCUUUCGAGCGCGAAUACUUCGACAUGAUCAGAUCUGCAUUCCUCAAGUAUUCCUUGCAAGUGCGAAUGGGCCGUAUGGAUGGAAUCUUCGUUGCCUUCCAUAACACACAACGCAUCUUCGGUUUCCAGUACAUUCCAAUCAACGAGAUGGACCAAGCCAUUCACGGAACCUUUUACCGAAAUCUCGGCGACCAAGAAUUCAAGCUCAGCCUUCACCUCCUGAACAAGGUCCUCGAUCGCGCGACAGAACGAUUCCCUGGCCGAUCCAUCCGACUUCAUGUGGAAACGCGACCUACUGACCCUCCUUUUAUGUACGUUUUCGCAAAGCCUGUUACAAAGGAAGAUAUCGACAAGGUCCAAACGCGCAACCAAGCUGCUGUCAGAGAGUUCGAGGAGCAGAUCCUUGGCAUGGCCUCAGAGGAGUCAUCGGAACCCGAGAUGCAAGACUCGGAAGUCGAGCGAUCAGUUGGCCAAGAAGAAGACGAGGAAGCUGUUAGCGUCGAUGUGUCCAGUCCAGAGUCUAGUAGCCAAGUAUGGCAGACGCAAGCAUUCUGGGAAGAAAUGCAGGAGAAGGUCAAUGAGGCAGUGGAAGACGAUGCCCUCGGCAUUGGCCAUGUACGGGAGGCAAUCCACGACGCACUGGAGCAAAGUGCAUUGCUGAAGGCGAGAACACCUGAAGAAGCUCGCUGGUAUGUCGACGGCCUUUUGGAGGCCCUUACGCGUAACCAAGCCAGCGAGGCACAGGAUAUUGAUGGAAAGGAUAACCAGACAGAUGCGAUGUCUGCGAGCGACAUUGACACCCCAUCGGCCGAUGUUGCUCAGGCUUUUGAAUCGAGCACAGCGCAAGAAGCUGUGCCAGCCGCUAGCGAGGGAACUGAGUCGGUUCAAGAGACAGACAAAGGGUCAUCACUACAGCGCAGCUCUCGAAAUCUCGGUCUGAAGGAUUUGAUUCUCCGCGUUGCUUCAAAUGUCGACGAGAAUCUCGACGUAGAGGAAACCACCGACAUUCCUGGAGACGACGCUACUUCCGACGUCUCCAAACUCCGAACGUUCGAGCGUAUUCUCUCUAAGCUGGUUGCCGAGUCGAAGCAGUCGGAAAUCAAGACGAACCCUCAGGCUUCAGACAUGGAGGAAGCAACGACUGAAAUGUUUGAGGAUCUUAACCCCAGUAUCAGCCAGACGGCAGCCUCAACCGAGUCUCCCAAGGAUUCUGAGGGCAAAGAAGCCCAAGUAGACGAGACCCCUGAGCUUGAUAUCGUUGAUAACGAGCUUCUUGGAAUGGUCUUGACUGUGCGGAACAGGGUAAAUGGAGAAUACGCCCCGCGGCCCGAUCCCAAGGCUGGCGUUUCGGGGUGGACCGUGGAGUAUUCCAUUGAAGAACUUCCUGCGGGUCGUGCCGAGCAUCUGUAUAAAGCAGUUCAGGUGCGACGCAAGAAGGCGCUUUCAAACGACAAGGAUGCGAAAGGGCCUGACCCGUGGUACCAGAUGUUUUCUGGCAAGCUGGAGCAGAUGAGCAAGAGGGGCAGGAAAUUCCGUGCGAAAAUGGAAGAGACGGCCAAGGAGCACCCCGUCCAUGUUUUCGGCAUGGAUGAUCCCGUUACCUAUGAUGAGGCUUUCGGGCACAGGGCACAGUGGAAGACGGUAUCUUGGGAUGAAACGACAGACGAGCUGCGAGAGGACGAUUUGGAUGAGGAGACCUUGAAGGAAGAUAUCUUCCAGGAGAACAAGUUGAAUGAAGCCGAGCUGAAGGAGAGCCAGCCGAAGGAGGACGAAUUGAAGAAUAAUGAGCCGCAAGAGAGCGAGCCAAAGAAGGAGGAGCUGCAAGAGGACAAGCCGCGAGACUCAUAA